UUUAUUGGAUAUCAUUGCGCGAUCCGCUUGUCGCACAAACAUCCGAUAUUUGUCUCCUUCCGACCUUUAACCUCAAAAACGCAGAAAUGAGUAGUUGUUAUUAAAUUUUCUCGAGAAGGAAAAAAGCUUUGGAAGAGAAUAAUUUGCUCUCCCGAGAAGAUAGUAAAGAUUCGUGGCAACGUCUUUUGCUUAAACUCCAGGUACGCUAAAAAAAAAAGGAAAUGUUAGAGAUAACGUGUAAUGAUCGUCUUGGCAAGAAAGUCAGAGUGAAAUGCAAUCCGGACGAUACCAUAGGUGAUUUGAAAAAAUUGAUAGCUGCUCAAACUGGAACGCACUGGGAGAAGAUCGUGUUGAAGAAAUGGUACACCAUUUUCAAAGAUCACAUAAAGCUACAAGAUUAUGAAGUACACGACGGCAUGAACUUAGAACUCUACUAUCAAUAAUCCUGUGUAAAAUCAAGUUGUAUUUAAGUAUUUUAAGUGAUAAUAUUCUUAUAACCACUGAACGUCUUGUUUUUGUUUUGUAACAUAUCUUGAUAUAAUUGCUGCAUUCAGGAAAUACGAUUGAGUAAUUCGAUGUAAUUGGUCUAAAUUUAGGGUCUUAAUAGUAAAGAUCGAUGACCAAGCCAAUAGCUGUAGAGUCAAUAUCUAGAAAAAAAAGCUAUCAGUGAUUAUUAGUCUUUACUGUUAGAUUCCUGAAUUUAGACCAAUUGGCAAAUUAAUCAACCGUAGUGUUUUCUGAAUGCAACCACGAUGAUCCACGAUCACACAAUAAAAAAUAAAAUAUAAAAUAUUAAAUUACCAUAAAUGUUAAAAAGAAAAGUAAAUAUAUGAUUUUUCUAUGUUGUCAUUUCAUAAAUAUUGCUGUGUUCAAAAAUCCCUAAUUAUAUCUACAGAUUUAUGAGAUUACUAAACUGUGCAACAACGUAUCUCAUUUGAUAUUAGUGCUCUCUCUCUCUGUGUGUGUGCGCGCGCGCGCGUGUGUGUGUUGUGUAUGUGUGUAUAUAUGUAUAUAUAGGGAUGUAGCUCAAAAAGUACGGAAAAGCCGCUACAGAAUACAUAGGCCGUAUUAAAAGAACAAGAAAAUUUAAAAGGGGUCGUUCUA